AUGAUUCGCGAAUUGUGGGAGGAUGAAUUGACCGGCAUCGGUUUCGGGCCCUGCUCCUUGCGCCUCUACGAGUCCACCAGGGACCUGGCCCCAUGGCAGCUUGAGGAGCCACCGUACCUGGUGGUUUGGCUGCAUGGAAUGCACAACGGCCCGAUCCACGCGUCCGAGCUUGAGAAGAUGCAGAGGAGGCUUUGGCAUCGUGUGAUCUACUUGGUUCCCCUGAGCCCAUCUCCGUCAGAGGAUGGAAUGCUCUUCAGCUGGGGCUGCACAUUUACCAAGACCCAGAACCGCAAGGACCUGGGAUAUGUCAAUGGGGACCUGCACAGACCAUUUCUGGAGGCGCUCACCUCCAAGGUUACUGAAGCCGCGGAGUACUUCAAUGCCGAGCGUGUCAUGGCAAUGGGGUACAGCAUGGGCGGUUUCGGAGCUCUGCAGCUUGGCUCCUUCGCCCCGCAGGCCUACGACGUCAUUGUUUCGGUGGCCGGCUACGGCAUGGGUACGCUCGAACCCACGGAGCGAUCGGGAGCUCCACAGCCGAAAGGGCGUAAGGUGUUCGAGUGGUUCCUGAACGAGUCCAUCUCCCACCUGAGAGACGUACCUAUCGUCCUCGGCGUCCAUGCACCCGCUGACACCAUGUCCAGCUUUGCGGAU